CUCUCUAACUAACCAAACAAAGUAGCAAUGGGAGCCAACGUGAGCUUUGAGAAGCCGUCGUCAAAGGUCCUCAAGAAGGUCAAGUCGCAGGACAACCUGACCCGCGAGGAGCUGUUCCGGCUGAAGAACAAGCUCAAGCGCGUGGCGCGGCGUGAGUCGGGCAUCUCGCCCGAGGCGUGGAAGACGGCGAUGGGCAAGCUCGGAAUCACGAACAAGAAGUUUAUCAAGUCGUUCUACGACCUGUUUGAUGACGACGGUGAGCAGUGGGUCGACUACAAGGAGGUGGCGGUGUACUCUGCACUUGUGGGGCGUGCCAAGCCGGAGAAGAAGAUCGAGUACUGCUUCCGGGUGUUUGACAAGAACGGCGACGGCUAUCUCUCCACCUCUGAGCUUGCGACGCUGUUUGAGGCUGUGGCGCGGUGCGCGAUGCGUGUGACCUAUGCCGCGCCCGGCGUGGUGCCCAAGGGCGAGAAGCCGUCGUUUUCGAUCCGCAAGAAGGACGAGGAGAAGAUUGCCAAGGCUGCCAAAAAGGUGCUCAAGGCGAUCGACUCCAAGUCGGACAAGCGGGCGUCGUACGAGGAGAUGAAGGCUGCGGUUGAGCAUGAGUCUGUUGAGACCGUGCUCGACUUUUUCGGCGCGUUUACCAAGGCUCUGCCUGACGCCAUCGAGCGAUCGGGCGCUGACUCGCACUCGUCGACCGACGACGGUACCACCCGCGCGGCGUCGUCCAAGAGCAAGAAGGGCAAGAGCAAGAAGGGCUCGUCGUCGGACAGCGGCUCGAGCUCGAAGAAGAGCAAGGGCAAGAAGGGCUCGGCCAAGGGCAAGGGCAAGGGCAAGAAGGGCUCGGCCAAGGGCAAGGGCAAGGGCAAGAAGGGCUCGGCCAAGGGCAAGGGCAAGAAGAAGGGCGGCAAGGGCAAGAAGGGCUCCAAGAAGGGCAAGAGCUCCAAGGGCAAGAAGGGCUCCAAGAAGGGCAAGAGCUCGUCCGACGACGGCUCGGACUCGGGCUCGAGCAAGAAGGGCUCGAAGAAGGGCAAGGGCAAGAAGGGCUCGGCCAAGGGUAAGGGCAAGAAGGGCGACAAGGGCUCGAAGAAGGGCUCGAAGAAGGGCUCGAAGAAGGGCUCGAAGAAGGGCUCGAAGAAGGGUGACAAGGGCUCCAAGAAGGGCUCCAAGAAGGGCGCAAAGGGUGGCAAGAAGGGCUCCAAGAAGGGCGACAAGGGCUCCAAGAAGAGCGCCAAGGGCGGCAAGAAGGGCUCCAAGAAGGGCGACAAGGGCUCCAAGAAGAGCGCCAAGGGCGGCAAGAAGGGCUCCAAGAAGGGCGACAAGGGCUCCAAGAAGAGCGCCAAGGGCGGUAAGAAGGGCGGUAAGAAGGGCGGCAAGAAGGGCGGCAAGAAGGGCUCCAAGAAGGGCAAGAAGGGCUCCAAGAAGAAGUAAGUGGCCUCCGCCUCGUGACCUUGCAUCCACGCCUCGCUCACG